AUGGCUCAACAACACACAUUCGAGGUUCAGCCCAUGCACGUGGACCCUCAGCGACUCUUCUAUGAAUCCGUCGUCCUGGAGUAUGCCCUCCAGCAAGCCUGCAGACGUGGCAGACAAGUCUUCAACGAGGUUCAAGCCGUCGAAAAUGACCCCCUCGCAACAGAUGUCCAAAUCUUCCACUGUUUCGUUGAGAAGUUGGCGCAGGUGUGUGACAACGAGCAAGGAGGCAAGAUGGUCACGGCCUUUUCCGUUCUCAAAGGACCUGAUGGUCCGGAAUUCGUCUUCGGCUCAAACGAAAGGAAUGAGGAUGAGCUGAUGGAGGUCCAAGAAUUCGCCGAGAGCCUCUUAACUAUGGUGGGCAGCAACCCGGCUGGACUCGCGACCAAGCCCCUCGCCAAACAAGUUCUGUGGAAGAUUCUUCAUUUCAAUCUCCCGCGCGUUCAAGAAUAUCUUGGAAAACUGGUGAGAUACUUAGACGAGUGCAUUGCCGAUUGCGUCAGGCGUGGCACCCCAGCAGCAUUGGAGACACUCAUGCCUGAACUCGAGACCCUGAAGCAAAAGGCGGCAUUCCCUCGAGACAUUGUCUCUGGAAAUGCGCAAACCAAGUGCAAUGUAGUCUUCAGUGAUUGCGAGAAGCUCCUCAGGGGCAUAUCCGUCAUCAAAGGCACCACCAUCGACCAAGCUAUCACGAAUUAUGCUAGAGAUGGUCAUAUGGCUGGCUCAGACUCGUGGCGCGAGCUCCGUCAUUUCCUUGGAAGAUUCCUGUCUUUCCGUCAAGCAUCGAAUGCGAUCGUUGGCGCAAAGGAUCGCUUCCCGACCCUAUUCCAAGAUUUCACAGUUACCAAGGUUUCGUCCAGCCAACCCGCACCUAAGCCGAUCGCGAGGUCUAGAUCUGUCACCGCUAGAUCCAUCAUCAGAAACAUGAUCACGGAUGACGACGACGAUCGGGAAUACUUUCUUGAGCACGCAACUUCGAUGCAGAUGUUUAAUCUGGACGACGAAAUCCAACGACAGAUCAGCAAACGGACUUUCAGGCCUCGGGUCCACGCGGAAAUUCUUGUCCACGAAUACCUAUUGGAAAAAGGAGUACAACACUCUUCACAAUUCUGGAACGGCUGGAAGUACAUUGGAAGCAGCAAGCCCACCUGUAGGCUUUGUUCCUACUACUUCGGUGCCCAUCCUGAUCGCAUGACGGUGCGAAAAUCGCACCUGAACCUCUAUCCGAAUUGGCGUCUUCCCGUGCUUCCUGAAGCUCUGGGGCUUGACAAUCCUGAUUUGAAGGCUUUGCAUCUACUUCAACAAAUCACGGAGAGGGUUCAGGAUGAUGCCAAAAGAACGUUGGAGGAGAGGCGUCCGGUGGGGCGGAACCACGAUUCCAACACCCACUCUUCGCUGCCGUCGGCCUUAUACGCGUACGGUAUCACUGAUUCUAUGAGCAUGAGCGAGCUCGCAGCUGCUUUGCCGAGAAGCGUAGUUGGAACCGGUGCUGUUCAAGGAAACCUUCCAAUGGGUGAGGGUGAUGAUGAUGGCUUCAGUCUGAUUGGUGAGACUGACAUGGACACACCUGGAGAGAACAACGACGGAGUCUCGGUAACUGCAUGA